AUGGAAGGCAGCAAAGAUGAGAAACCCAUCUAUCCAUUCUACAAGGUGAACAUCCAUGAGGCCCGAUCAGCGGCUUUGGUGGCCAGAAGUGUCCCCUUCCUCGUCUUCAUGACAAUUGUCCUUUUGCUAUUCUUCGGUGUUCUCUGGAAUGCGCUCCUGCUGCUCACAAUCACCGCCACGCUAAAUGUGGCAAUGUGGCUGUGGGUUGUCUCAACGGCAAUCUUCUGCAUGCUCGGCGUUUCCGCAGCCGAGGACGAGCUGCACAAGGUGGAGGCACAAGGCAGCGCUGGCUCCGUUGCCGACGAGAGCCAGGAUAAUGUUCGGCACACCAUUGUGCUGCCAAACUACAAGGAGGACGAGAGCAUUCUGGAGACGACCCUAGAGAGCUUGUCGGAGGCGAACGGCUCUCUUGGCUUCAUCGUUGUGCUAGCCAUGGAGGCUCGAGAGGCUGAAGCCCGGGACAAGGCUAAGAGGAUGGAGGAGAAGUACAAAGACAAGUUCUUCAAAAUCAUCUCUACGCAUCAUCCGGCGAACCUGAAGGAGGUCCAUCUGGAUGGAAGCGAAGAUCCGGAGUUGAAGGGCAAAGCCUCGAACGUCAAAUGGGCUGUGCAGCAGGUCUGCAAGCAGUUCAAAAUCUCUGACAGAGACGUGCUGACGGUGUGCGAUGCGGACGUCAUCCUCCACCCGCAUUACUUUGAGCACAUUAGCUCUGACUUCGUGAAGUUGAAAGAGGACAAAAGCCACUUGCGCACGAUGUGGCAGGCUCCUCAGCUGCCCUGGCGGAACUUCUACGAAAGCCCGGUCGUCUCGCGAGUCUGGGGGUACAUCAGCUCCCUCUGGGAGUUUGGGGGCGUCAGCAGCAUUUUAUAUGGAUGGCAUCACAUGGUAUUCAGUGCCUACAGCCUCCCGCUCGAGCUCGCAAGAGAUGUCGGUUGCUGGGAUGGAGAUGUCAUCGCUGAG